UUAGAAGAACCUUACCAUCAGUGGCGUAUCUAGGCCUACAGGAAAGCAUUGGAGCGUGGCAUGAUAUUAGUUAUUUCUAGAUCAAGAGGACUAUUCGCUGAAAUAGUCAUAGGACAUGUGAAAUAACGCAGGUCAAUUAAUUGUACCUCUCGAUCGUAAUGAGCAUGACGCAUCUCCUCCGAAGCUCGCGGGGGAACUGAGGCAGAUGCACUGUCUUCUAACCAUUCAGGAACCGGUUAUUGUUGGUGCAGGACACGAAAAUUAACGUUAGAGUAGGGAUACUAGAGCAUGCAGCCAAAAUGUUGAAGCUUCUACUCGUCUCCAGCCUAUUGCUGCUGACCGCCCUGGCAGCCCAUGCCCUCACGGAGGCCGAGAUCGCCAAGUUCACUCAUAAAGACGGCACAACCUCCCUAACGACAGAUCCAACGGAUGCUAAUGUCCUCAUCGUCAAAAGCAAUGGUCUACCAGACCACGACUGGCAAAGGGUGAACCCGAACACCCCGCAAAGCCAAUCCCACUCGUACAAAGUCCAGAAGAACCCGUCUCUCCCGGCGGUGUCCGGCACCAGCCAGUGCCUGCCCAUGGCGACCAUAGGCAUAGCCAUCAACGGGGUCCCGUUCUACAGUCCCUACACCGCCGAUAGUCUGAACGCUGGCGAGUGUGAGAAGUUUGACAGUUGUGACGGCCACGCGGACGACCGAGGUUCCUAUCACUACCAUGUCGGCGCAACAUGUGUCGUCGACGGCGUCAAGGACAAAUUCCUGGGGGUUGCUAUGGACGGACACCCCGUUUACUCCGCCCCUGAUGGUUUCGACAAGACCAAGUUGGACGAAUGCCAUGGGCAGAGAUUCACUGAUAAAGGUGUCGAGAGAUACAGGUACAUUUUGUCCGGGACCAAAGUAGAGGACUAUCCGUACAUUCUGGGAUGUUUCAAGGGUGACAUUAUUGAUGACAGGAUCAAGAAUGGUAUGAAGAGCCCUCAGUGUAGAAAGGCUGAUGUUAUAAAGAGUAAGACAGCUUGCAAGGGAUCUGUUACUGGCGUUCAAGGUACCACCAUGCUGCUAGCGAAUGUUGUGGUCUUUAUCAUAGCUCUUUGGUACUAGCAUACGUCAGCAACAAGGACAAUUGCGAUCGUCGAAAAAGCACAAUUGUGAUGUUGUAUCUAAAUAAGCACAACCCAUACGGCAAUACAACGACAAAAGCGCAUCAGGUCAUCCCUACGAGGACAAUAUAACAACCAAAAAACGUUACGUGCUGGCGAAUGUUGUGGUCUUUAUCAUCGCUCUUUGGCAAUAAGCAACGAAGACAAUUGCGAAUAAGCACAAUUGAUAUGCACUACGACGUCAUCAGCGCAUCGGGCCCUCCCUACGAGGACAAUAGCACAACCAGAACACUGGCGGGCUGUACCAACGGAUGUCCCAAGAGUACUGAUUUCUGACGAUUAAAACUGUUCAACGUGGAUUUAGCUAUGAUGACGCGAUCUACGCGACAACUAUCUUGUAUGUGUUGGUGAAAUGUUAUGUCAUAAUUGACCAUAACAUUCUGGCAAUAAUAUAUGUGAAUCAUA